AUGUUUCCAUCUGAGGGUUUAAAUGAUAUUACUGAAGAUCCAACAUCUGAAUUAGGUGAUGAUGCUGAUUUCGAAGAUGAUGAUAUUGAAGAAUCACAAGUAGAAUUAGCUGAAAACGAAACUGAUCAAAAAGAUGUAGUUGAUCCAACGAGUACAAGUCAAUCGGUUCGAUCACCAAUAACAAAAUCAUUAAGUUCAUCAGCACAUAGUGAUGGUAAACGUGGUCGUUUAAGAAAUCUACAUGAACACUUAUAUACUUAUGGUAGUGUAUCAGUUAAACGUGAUCCAGCUAUUGAAUCAAUUAUUGAAUCAAGACAAUUUUCUAUUAUUGAAAAUUCUUAUACACGUUUAGCACAAGUUACAUCACAACCACCUAGACUUUCAAAACGUUCAACUCAAUUUGAACUUCCUAUUAUAACAGAAUCAGAUACUGAAAUGAAAGUUAGAAAUUUGAGUUCUCGAAAUAAAAAAAAAAUAUCAGCAGUAUCAACAGCUGAAUUAGAUAAUCAAGAAUGGGACGAUGGAUUAAUUGGAGAACAUGAAAAAGGUAAAUAUAGAAUCUAUUGCAAAUGA